GAGUGGUGAUGAUUUAAUAAGGCAUAUUUUAGAACGAUGGGCAGAAAAUACCAAUGCACAAGAAAUAUCUAACAUUAUAACUGCCGUUAUGAAUGUUGCUCAAAAACUUUGCUCAGUAGUAGAUUUUAUAAGAGACAAAAUCGAUCAGUUAAAAGGCCUUUUAUUAGAUCAAUUACCAUUUAGUAUAUUUCCCAAGCUAUUACAAUUGUUUAAACCUUUGGAACACGUCAAAAUCGUCACCAUGAGAAAUAUCAGAGAUAUGCUUGUUGCUGCAUUUAAACUUUUGGAUGAGAUUCCUCCCUGGAUUUGGACGAUUUAUUAUUUGGAACACUUGGCCUUCAAAUCAUUUCUAGAAUUUUUAAUCUAUUCAUAUCUAAACCUCUAUCAAAAAGUAGGUAUGUUUUUGGAUCCAAAUGCGAAACCAAUUUUCAUUGAUGAUGAAGCAGUUAAAAGGCUUGUGCUAGACGAAUGUCAAGACUAUUAUUCAAAAAUUGAUAAUUCCUUUGGCAAUAAUUCGAAUGAAGCAAUACAAUACUUAGCAAAUGACGAAUUAGAACGUUAUAAAAAUCUUCCAGCAAUUUUUUUCAGUGAAAAUGAUGACCUGUGUAAAUGGUGGCAAAAUUCCAAAUCUAGAUUUCCUGGGUUAGCUACUCUUGCAAUAAAAUAUUUGCCUUUACUAGGAUUAGAUAACGAUCUCCCCUUAGAAAAUUUAGACAAAUUUAUAGAAGUUUAUGAUGAUG